UCUGCAUUUGACAACUGACUUUCAUCAGCUGUGUCAGCAAUUAAACAAUCGCAAUUUUGUUUACGGGAAAUGUUUUCCAAUCGUUUAUUUUGUCAAAAUUAUGUAUUAAAUUAGUUUAAAACAUUACUUAUUGCAGUUUUUAAUAUAUAACAUACGUUAAAAAUAACCAAAAUAACUAAUUAUUGGGACAAAAAGAAGUGCAUAAAAACUUAUCUUAAUGUUGUCGCCGAGGAAUUGAAAGUCAUUCCAAAUACGAAAAUUAAAAUUGUGGUGAUAGUGUUUAAAGGGAGCAGUGGAUAUACAUACAUGAAUGCAUAUCUCAUGUUAUCUUCUGACCAGUGCCAGCGUACAUAUGCACAGUGAAACAACGAGGCAGUAAUAAAUUAGAAGACUCUUUAACCAAAAGAAAAAGCGAACAACAUUUAUCAAAAUGCUUUACUGUCCGCCAAAUGUAACCUUCUCCCAAGUUUGGAUAAACAAUGGCAUUUCUCAUUGUUUUAUGGAUACCAUCGGAAACACAGUGGCAAGUGGUUUUAUGCUGCUUAUGGGUACAGUGCAACUACUGAUGUAUCGAAAAUACGCAACACGCAAUGAUCCAACGCAUAUUACCAAAUCACGCUUAUACGCAUUACAGCUCUUCUUAUUAUUCUUCUUUCCUAUUUUGGCAUUGAUUCGAUUUUUCCUAAAUGCGCGCAUAUACAACGAUCAUGCGGUCUAUGGUUAUAUGAUACUCUCAACUGUGCUUAUUUGCAUAUCCUAUCCUUUCUCCGUUUGUGUAAUAAUAAAAGAGCGUUUCUAUCAGCUGCCAUCGCUACCGACGCGUGGCCAUGGCCUUAUAUUACUACUAUUUUGGACGUUGGGCUUUAUUAAUGAAUCGUUAGCUUUUAUAAAUUUGAGACAUGAAGACUGGUGGUUCACACUAAAAACCAAUAAAGAUCAAAUUGAAAUGGGUCUCUUUGUUACGCGCUUUAUAACCUCACUUUUAAUAUUCAUCCUUGGGCUUAAAGCACCCGGCAUUAUGCGCCCUUAUGUUCAACUUGAUGAACCAACCAAUGGCAAUACGAGCAAUAUUCAGCAAGGUUCAGCUUUUCGUAAUGCCUUCAAGAAACUGGCUAAACUGUUUCCCUAUAUGUGGCCGAAAAAGGAUGUUUUAUUACAAUUAAGUGUUAUUACUUGUAUACUACUACUAAUAUCUGGUCGUGUUAUUAAGUUGUUUCUGCCAAUUUACCGCAAAAAAUUGGUUGAUAGUCUCACCAUAGCACCAAUAAUCUUCCGCUGGGAUUUCGUACUUAUCUACGUAGCUUUGUCAUUUGUGCAAGGUGGCGGCACAGGCACUAUGGGCCUUUUUAACAAUUUACGCUCCUUCCUGUGGAUACGUGUACAGCAGUAUACUACUCGUGAAAUAGAAGUGGAUUUAUUUAACCAUUUACAUCAAUUGUCAUUGCGUUGGCAUUUGCAACGCAAAACGGGCGAAGUAUUGCGUGUCAUGGAUCGAGGCACUGACUCCAUUAAUAAUUUAUUAAAUUAUAUCAUAUUUUCCAUUACGCCUACUAUCAUCGAUUUGCUUGUCGCUGUGGUAUUUUUUAUCUACGCAUUCAAUUGGUGGUUUGGUCUGAUUGUGUUCCUUACUAUGUUCCUGUAUAUUUUGGCUACAAUUCUCGUUACCGAAUGGCGAACAAAAUAUCAACGCCGCAUGAAUUUAGCCGAUAAUGCACAACGCGCACGUAGUGUUGACUCACUGUUAAAUUUUGAAACUGUCAAAUAUUACGGCGCCGAGCAGUAUGAAGUUGAUGAAUAUCGUAAAGCGAUAAUAAAUUAUCAGAAAGAAGAAUUCCUCUCCAUGCUUACACUCAACUUACUCAACACCUCUCAAAAUAUUAUACUGUGUCUAGGCUUACUCUGUGGCUCGAUGCUCUGUGUUUAUCUAGUUGCACAUCAUCAGACUUUAACUGUUGGUGAUUUCGUACUUUUCUUUACUUACCUCAUGGAUCUGUAUAUGCCGCUUAAUUGGUUUGGUACGUACUAUCGUGCUAUUCAAAAGAACUUCGUCGAUAUGGAGAAUAUGUUCGAUUUGUUGAAGGAGGAUCAGGAGAUUUUCGAUGCGCCUGGCGCUGCGCCACUUAUAACCGCAGGUGCAGGUAUUGAAUUCUCUAAUGUUACAUUUGGCUAUACACCCGAAAAGAUAGUACUACGUAAUGUGAGCUUUAGCGUACCGCCCGGUAAAACGGUCGCAAUUGUUGGUCCAUCCGGUGCGGGUAAGAGCACAAUCGUUCGUUUGCUCUUCCGAUUCUACGAUGUACAGUCGGGGGCCGUGCUAAUUGAUGGUCAAAAUAUCAAAUUGGUACAACAACAAAGUUUGAGAAAGGCAAUUGGCGUCGUACCGCAGGACACAGUGCUCUUCAACAACACCAUAUUUUACAAUAUAGAAUACGGAAAAAUUGGCGCACGCGCUGAUGAAGUUUACGAGGCGGCACGUUUAGCUGAUAUACAUGAUCGGAUCCUAGGUUUCCCCGACCGCUAUGAGACGAAAGUGGGCGAACGAGGUUUACGUUUGAGCGGUGGCGAAAAACAGCGUGUCGCUAUUGCACGUACCUUGCUAAAGGCGCCGGUCUUGGUGUUGCUCGAUGAGGCUACAUCAGCACUGGACACCAACACUGAACGGAAUAUACAAGCGGCCUUAGCACGUGUUUGCUCCAAUCGAACUACAAUUGUGAUUGCACAUCGUCUUUCGACAAUUAUAAAUGCCGAUGAAAUACUCGUAAUAAAAGAUGGCACAAUUGCUGAGCGCGGAAGGCACGACGAUCUUUUGCAACGCAAAGAUGGCAUAUACGCUGAGAUGUGGAUGCAACAGCUAAAGAACUUAGAGGGUAAUAAAGAGAGCGACGAAAGUGACGAUGCAAAAGCAGCGAAUGGUACUGAAAGAGCUAGUGAUGCCGUUGGGGGUAGCGGUUCUGUUGUAGCAGGAGCCGUCCUCCGCGCCGGUCAUGCUCAUGGUGGUGCGCGUUAAGAAUGCAAAGCAAAUUACGAAAUCUACAAAAACUUGUAUACCUUUAUACAUUAUUAAAUUAUUUGCAUCAUUUUUUUAUGUAUCCUUUAACAAUGUGGUAAAUGCUUGUUUAUAUGUAGAAAUGUUAUGAAUGGUGUAAUGGAAUGUAAAAUUCAACUGUGUGCACUUGGUGCAAUACACUUUUGUGGUUUGUACAAAGGAACAUUUUUGAAAUAUAUAUUAGUAUGCUAUUUUAUAGCAAUAAAAGAAAAUCAAUGAAAAAUUAUGCUUAUGUAUAUAAAUAAA